AUGAUCAUAUCUCCCACAUUCCGUCUAAGGGAACGCGACCCUAUUCCAAGAGUGAAGGAUGAGCGCUACCACCCACCAAGGUCUCCCGUCUUCAACGGGCCGUCACGGCCGGGCGGUCAAAAUCAGGCAGGAUCUGCCGAUGCUGCCUCUUCCAAUGGGACAAAAUGGCUCCUUGUCCCUUUCACGCCCUUCCACGGACAAGCUUUUGUCCACAUGGAAGCCGUCGGGGAGAAGUUCCCGUUUCAAAAGUUUGCAGAAGCAAACCACCGCAACACCCACGACGUCUUUGGUGCUUUCAAUGCAGAGUGGCCUUGCGGCCCUUGCGCAGACCUCAGGAGGGUGCUCGUCCUUGACCUGUCUGACCCCUUCUUCCUCGGUAUCUGCAUAUGGCCUAGAGGAUUGCCCAUCUUUCUCGACCGCAAAGCAGUGGAACUCAUCGCCAACAAGCCCAAGUACCUGCAAAUCGCCUGCGAAGCCGGCUGUGAAAGGAAGCACGCGCAAGCCCGACAACCUUGA